AUGGCCUUGAUCACGCACACUUUCUCUCGGGAACUACACCACUCCUAUGGGAUCAAAGUCGACGGAAUCGCCUGUCCAAGAACCUCCCGGGGUUACGAUGUCAACCUGCUGCCAUACUUCACUGGCGGCUAUGUCCUCUCCAAUGUUGGUGGCAAGGCCUCAGUUGUAGAUUAUCUCGACGAUCGAGGUGCGACAGCUCGUCUGGCCAACAAGCCGGCCGACACCAACAAUUCCAAUCAAUAG